AAGCUGUGUGCAGGUUCAAUUGACCUGGCAGUUGGUCAACAUUGAUCCCCAUCAUUUUACUUUUCAACUAAUUGAGAUUUCCACUAGUUUGGUGGAUUUGCAAACUACAGUCUUAGCUGUUGUUGCUGGAGUAAGAACAUGUUGGAUUUUGAGGAAGACUGGAGCAUCUCCUUUGCAGGAUGCGGUUUUAUGGGGAUUUAUUAUGUUGGAGCCAGCAGUUGUUUGCUUGAACAUUACCCUCGGUUCAUACUACACUCCUCUAAGAUUUAUGGAGCCUCUGCAGGUGCUUUGAUGGCGGCUGUUCUCGCUAUUGGAUCCCCCAUAGAGAAGUGCUGUGCUCAGCUGAUGUUCAUGGCCAAGGAGUGCAGGAAGCACCAGCUGGGCCCUCUGCACCCAGCCUUCAACCUGGUGCAGAUUGUACGGGACUCUCUGGAGGGGAGCCUUCCAGAAGACGCCCACCUCAGAGCAUCUGGGAAACUCUGCGUGUCCCUGACCAGAGUUUCAGACGGGAAGAACGUCCUGGUGUCGGAGUUUGACAGCAGAGAGGAGGUCAUUCAGGCCCUUGUAUGCAGCUGCUUUGUCCCUCUCUACUGUGGUGUGAUUCCUCCUACUUACCGUGGAGUGCAUUACGUGGACGGCGCCGCCAGUGACAACCUGCCUCAGUGUCACAUGAAAAACACGAUCACGAUCUCUGCGUUCGCCGGGGAGAGCGACCUCUGCCCUCGAGGAAGCCCCUUCAAUAUCCAUGAGGUUCGCUUCAACAAUGUCAGCUUCCAGCUGAACUCGGAGAACAUCUACAGACUGAAGAGCACCUUCUUCCCCCCGCAGCCCGAGGUAAUGGCUGAAAUCUGCCACAACGGCUACAUAGACGCUCUCCGCUUCUUACAAGAGAACAAUGUGAUCAGCAACAGUUGUUCCCUGAGAAGUUUGCUGACCGACGCACCCAAACCUGCCUGUUGUGAGCUGAGGGUGAAGGAGCCAGCUGAGGAUGAAGAGGGAAGACAACAGAUUGGACUGAAACCGCCUCAGGAAGAGCAGUGCUGGCUGGAUCCACAGCUCGUAGAAAACCUGCCAGUUAACGUCAGAAAAGUGCUUCGUGAGGCCUGUCGGGAGACGCAUGCUGCUGCUGGUCUGUUGUACCACAUGACCGACUACCUGCCUAAGAAAGUGACAUCGUACCUGCAGAUCCCCUGCAUACCUGUGGAGUCUGCCUGCUCUCUAGCCCAGAGGUUCAACGUAUUCAACAUACUUGUGGACUGGAUCCCAGAUGUUCCCCGGGACAUGAGCUGGCUGUACGGCCUGGCUGGAGACAUUUACAAACAGACCUGGGUGGACAGGGUGAAGAACGAUGACCGUGAGUCGUCCCUGCACAGAUGUACGAGCCUGCCUCAACGUCUGAUCCUUAACCAGAGGAAAGAAGACAAAAACAUAGCCCCUCCCUCCUCCAGUCUCACCCUCCCCUGGAUCCCUCAUGGAGAGUCGGACCACUUGCCUCUGACUCCCCCUGCCACCCCCACCGGGUUUGAUAUAUCCGCCACAGUGUCGCCUAAAAGCUCAGGUAGUCGGUGGGGUUUGGGCAGAGCUGUGGGGUGGAUCAGAAAUAUUGCAUCCGAGCAAACUUCAAACCUCCAGAAAAUUCAGGGUGACUCUGUGCCCAUUAUGUAA